CAAAGAAUCAAUUGUUCGUCGCGAGAAUGGCACGGCGGUCGACGCACGGAAUGCAAAAGCUCGCCAUCAACUCCAUGGUCGUGACGGCGCUAAGGUCGUCGCAGGUACUGCUGACUACCAUGACAGUGAUCUUCAUGCUUCUCGCGUAUACUGAUGUGCCUAUCAAAGAAGACGGGAAAGCGUGGCGGAUUGCCCAGCUUCCUCACUUCUUCACGGUUAUGGUGUCGUCCGUGGGCUUUGUGUACUCCUUGCUGUACUGUGUGCUCGUCCUUGCAAUGGACUACUGGAGCCACGACGUCCUCUUUGAGCGCAUUGCUGACGCGAUUUUGACGGUGGCGUUGGCAAUAUGCGGCGUCACAGUGGGGAGCAAUGGCGGUUGCAAGCUACCUUCGACGCUUCAAAGUUGUACCAACCUCCGCGGCACGAUCGGGUGCCUGUAUGUGUGCGCCAUCUUGUUCCUCGUGUCGUUCGUGUACAGCAUGUUGACGAUGGAAGUGUACAACCCGGACGCUGACGAGAACUUGGUGCCGCGCGGUAACUAUGGCCCGAGCCUGACGUCACCCAACCCUGCUCCUCCCGUCGGCAACUUCGACAACACACUCGAGCUGAAACCGCGAGGCAACUUUGGUGCGCCGUCCCCUGUCCAUUUGCCUUACAGCGACAACACAGACGAGCUCAAACCUCGCGGCAACUUUGGGUCGGUACAGAACGACAGGCACCCCCCUGGGCACGUAGAAAGCGGCGGUCUCAUUUAGACUAUCCCUCAAAUGUUAAUCAGUUACCCCCAACACUACUGCGCGCACUGUAGUGAUCAUGGAAGGUGA